CGCUUCCCGUCGCCGCUCGAGCGCUGGCCCCGAGAGCGCGGCGAGCGGCGCGGCCGCGCUGGGCCGGGCAGGGCCGAGAGGCACUGGGGGGCGCGGGGGCGCCAUGCCGGGGGCCCGGGCCGCCCCCUUCCCGCCGCGGCCGAAACUGGUGCUGCUGCUUCUGCUGUUGCUGCUGUUCCAGUGGACUCAGCUGCGGGGCAGCCCUGGGCCACUACAGUGCUAUGGAAUUGGACCCUUGGGUGACUUGAACUGCUCGUGGGAGCCUCUUGGGGACCUAGGAGCCCUCUCCGCUCUAUACCACCAGAGCCAGAAGUACCAUUCCAACAAAAUCUGGACUGUGACAGUGCCCACUGGGCAGAGCUGGGUGACCAUUCCACGGGAACAGCUCACCACGUCUGAUGAACUCCUUGUCUGGGCGGUCAAGGCGGGCCAGCCUCUCUGGCCCCCAGUGUUCGUGAACCUCGAAACCCGAAUGAAGCCGGAUGCUCCCCGACUGGGCCCUGAUGUGGACUUCUCAGAGGAUGACCCCCUUGAAGCCACUGUCCAAUGGGCCCCUCCAUUGUGGCCACCCCAUAAGGUUCUGGUCUGCCAGUUCUACUACCGAAGAUGCCAGGAGAGGACCUGGAUCCUGCUGGAGCCAGAAGUGAAGUCCAUACCGCUGACACCUAUUGAGAUCCAGGACCUAGAUCUCGCCACUGCCUAUGAGAUGUCUGGCCACUGCCAGGUGGAGAAAGAAAAGGAUCUAUGGGGCGAGUGGAGCCCCAUUCUGUCCUUCCAGACACCUCCCUCUGCUCCAAAAGAUGUGUGGAUAUCGGGGAACAUAUGUGGGGCAUCAGGUGGACAGGAACUCCUGCUUCUGUGGAAGGCCUCGGGGCACUGUGUGCAGGUGAGCUAUAGAGUCUGGUUCCAGGUUAAAGAUCAGGAGCUGAUCCAGGAGACGCCCUAUUGCAACCUCUCCAUCCCCACCCAGGUGGAGUGGGCCAGCGUGUCUGCCGUGAACGCCACAAUCUGGGAGCCUCCCACCAACCUCUCUUUGGCCUGCUUGGGUCCUGGCUUCGGCCCCUGUGAUGUGGUGGUCAGAAGCAUUGCUGGGAGCACAGAGCUGCUGGUGACUUGGCAACAGGGGUCUGGGGAGCUGUGGGAGCACGUGGUGGACUGGGCUCGGGACGGGGACCCUCUGGAGGACCUCAACUGGGUCCGGCUUCCUCCUGGGAAACUUAGUGCUGUGUUGCCAGGGGAUUUUGAAGGAGGGGUCCCCUACCGAAUCACGGUGACAGCAGUCACUCCUUGGGGUUUGGCCCCUUCCCCCUCAGUCUGGAAGUUCAGAGAGGAACUAGCACCCUUAGCGGGGCCAGUGCUUUGGCGACUCCAGGAUUCCCCUCCAGGGACCCCUGCCGUAGCCUGGGAAGAGGUCCCAAGGCAUCAACUUCGGGGCCAUCUCACCCACUACACUCUGUGUGCCCGGAGUGGGACCAGGCCUUCUGUCUGCAUGAAUGUGAGUGGCAGCACCCAGACCAUCACCCUGCCCGACCUUCCCUGGGGUCCCUGCGAGCUGUGGGUGACCGCGUCCACCAUUGCAGGACAGGGCCCACCUGGCCCAAGCCUCCGAUUUCACCUACCAGAUAACACCCUGAAGUGGAAAGUUCUGCCAGGCGUCCUUCUCCUAUGGGUUUUGCUCCUGACAGGCUGUGGCCUGAGCCUAGCUGCCUCUGGAAGGUGCGUCCACCUACGGCACAAGGUUCUACCCCAGUGGGCCUGGGAGAAGGUUCCUGAUCCUGCCAACAGGAACUUUAGCCUGCCCAACAUGGAGGAGGUGCCCCAGGCCCAGCCCCCUGGGGACUCGCCCAUACUGGAAGUGGAGGAGAUGGAGCAGGUACCAGUUGUGGAGCCCCCUCAGACCUUGGCCCCACUUGACUCUGGGUAUGAGAAACACUUCCUGCCCACACCUGAGGAGCUGGGCCUUCUGGGCCCCACUCCGGGCUCCAGGUUCUGGCCUGAAAACAUUCCAGGUGGGGAGAAGGGUGCUCAUUUGACAGAUGAAGAUACUGAGGCUCAGAGAGGCUGAGUCACUUGCCUGAGGACACCCAGCCAGGAAGAGCUGCGAUUCAAGGACCCCUACAGUGAAGGGCCUGGCCCUACAGGGAAUAUAUGGAUGGAUGAGGGAGCAAAGGAAAAUAUAUGAAAUCCAAAGUGGCAGCUGCCUCCCCAAAUCUGUCCUGCUGCUAUAAUAGAACUGUAGCUGGGCGCACUCCCAGCCUCCCUUGCGGCUGGGCGUGGCCAGGGACUGAGUUCUCACGGGUGGAGCGGAAGCAGAAGGGACGUGUGCCAAUACCGAGUCUGGGCAUUAGCCGGGGCUCCUCUGCAUUCUCUUAUCUUUCCCAUGAGUUGGAGCAUUGCUGUGCCCUGUGAUACAGCUUUAGCCAUACCCAAGGUGAAGGUGGGGCAAUAAAUGGAAAGGAACCAGAGUUCCCGACUGCAUGGAUCAGAAGUGCUCAGAGAAAUAAAUGUUUAAUGUUUUGAUAGCUACUAGA